CUGCAGAGACCAGAGGGGGAAAGGGAGAGAGAGACAAGCUCCUUCUUCGUCCUCUUCCCUUCGUCCCCGCCCCGGCCUGGCUCUCAGGCGUUGCCGAGGCUCCCUCUGCCUUGCCGGUCGCAGCGAAGGGCGAGCGGGGCGGUUGGAAUUUCGGCGGCCGGGCAGGCAGCGCUGCGGUUCGGGGCGGGCGAAGGGAACGCGAGGGCCAAGCAGGCGGAGGCGACGCAGGUUGCUGAGCAUAGUAUUUGCCUUCAGAGGUCGCGUGUGAAAGCUUCAUGCAGUACACAGAGGCAGCACAUCAUUGGAGGAGAGUGUGCAGGGAGCAGCUUCAACUCUGUGGUUCCAGUUAUCCCAUUAUCUGUGAUUCUGAAGAACAAGUCAGAGAGAGAGGAAGAGACUAAAUGGAUCUUAAGACAGCAGUAUUCAAUGCAGCUCGGGAUGGCAAGCUGCGGCUUCUCACCAAGUUACUGGCGAAUAAAACUAAAGAAGAAGUGGCCUUGCUGGUGUCAGAAAAAACAAAUGGUGCCACACCCCUUUUGAUGGCAGCCCGCUAUGGCCAUCUUGACAUGGUGGAACAUCUACUGGAACAGUGCAGUGCUUCUAUAGAAGUUGGUGGCUCUGUGAAUUUUGAUGGUGAGACUAUUGAAGGUGCACCACCAUUAUGGGCAGCAUCAGCAGCUGGCCAUUUGAAGGUGGUCCAGUCUUUAUUAAAUCAUGGAGCAUCUGUCAACAAUACCACUUUGACAAACUCAACACCUCUUAGAGCUGCCUGUUUUGAUGGUCAUCUAGAAAUUGUAAAGUAUCUUGUGGAACACAAAGCUGACUUGGAAGUAUCAAACCGCCAUGGGCAUACAUGCCUUAUGAUAUCGUGUUAUAAAGGGCACAAAGAAAUCGCUCAGUAUUUGCUUGAAAAAGGAGCUGAUGUAAAUAGAAAAAGUGUCAAAGGAAACACAGCAUUGCAUGAUUGUGCAGAAUCUGGUAGCCUGGAAAUCAUGAAGAUGCUUCUCAAAUAUUGUGCAAAGAUGGAAAAAGAUGGCUAUGGAAUGACUCCCCUUCUCUCUGCUAGUGUUACAGGUCACACAAACAUAGUUGACUUUUUGACCCAACAUGUUGAAACUAGCAAAGUAGAACGUAUAAAUGCACUGGAACUCCUGGGAGCCACCUUUGUGGAUAAAAAGAGAGAUUUGCUCGGUGCUUUGAAAUACUGGAAAAGAGCUAUGGAUAUGAGAUACAGUGAUAGGACUAACAUACUAAGCAAACCUGUGCCUCAAACGUUAAUAAUGGCCUAUGAUUAUGCCAAGGAGGUGAACAGUGCCGAAGAGCUAGAAAACCUUAUUGCAGACCCUGAUGAGAUGAGAAUGCAGGCCUUGUUAAUUAGAGAACGUAUUCUUGGCCCAUCUCACCCAGAUACGUCCUACUAUAUUCGGUACAGAGGUGCUGUCUAUGCAGACUCUGGAAAUUUCAAACGAUGCAUCAAUCUGUGGAAGUACGCUUUGGACAUGCAGCAGAGCAAUUUGGACCCCCUGAGCCCUAUGACUGCGAGUAGUCUGCUUUCGUUUGCUGAACUCUUCUCCUUCAUGCUUCAAGACAGAGCAAAAGGCCUGCUGGGCACAACAGUUACAUUUGAUGAUCUCAUGGGUAUACUGUGCAAAAGUGUCCUCGAAAUAGAACGUGCUAUCAAGCAAACUCAGUGUCCGCCUGACCAAAUACAGCUCAACAAAGCCCUUUCCAUCAUUUUGCAUUUAAUUUGCUUGCUGGAGAAAGUUCCUUGUAGUCCCGAGCAAGAUCAUUUCAAGAAACAAACUAUAUAUCGAUUUCUUAAGCUACAUCCUAGAGGAAAGAAUAACUUCAGCCCACUCCACCUUGCUGUUGACAAGAACACCACAUGUGUGGGGCGCUACCCAGUUUGUAAAUUUCCUUCUUUGCAAGUCACUGCUAUACUAGUGGAAUGUGGUGCUGAUGUAAAUGCUAGAGACUCUGAUGACAACAGCCCUUUGCACAUAUCUGCACUGAACAACCACCCUGACAUCAUGAAUCUUCUUAUCAAGUCAGGAUCACAUUUUGAUGCAACAAACUUGCAUAAACAAACUGCUAUUGACUUGCUGGAUGAGAAGGAAAUGGCAAAGAACUUGAUCCAGCCCAUCAACCAUACUACACUGCAGUGUCUUGCUGCCCGUGUAAUUGUGAAUUAUUGCAUAGGUUACCAAGGGCACAUCCCAGAAAAACUUGAGAACUUUGUUUUGCUCCAUAGAUGACAGUCUGACAAUAGGCCCUUGGUACUGUGGGAGCACGAGUUAGUAACAUCAAUUGUUGCUUUCUCAAGCACUGUUGUGAUAUGCCAGCGAUACACCAUCAUUCAUUCAGCUUGGUCCAUCCUGCUCAUUGGCUAAAGCAUUAUUAGAAUCAGAUCUGCAGAAUUGGUUGCCCAAUAUUUAAAACAAACAUAUAAUAUAUUUUGUGGAUUAUUUAGAAAUGUAAUGCUAUAUUCGGACUCACUAAAAUUUGUCUGCCAAAGGCUUGUCUAUUCUGGUUUAGUUUGCCUGUUGGUUGUUUGGGACUGAACUGAAUAAUUUUCGUGGUGUUGUCUUAUUCUUACUGGUGUGUGGAUUUUAUAUAGUUGGGAAGUCAUCUUUUUGUUCUUGCUUGAGCAUUUCUAUUCUUUUUUCUAAUGGGUUCAUUGCUGAACUAUACAAGUUGUAUGGACUUGUUAACAUUUGCAAUUACCAUAAGUGCUUUUAUCCUCUCUAUGCACUGGCUUGAACAUGACUGUUUGUGUGUUGGCAUAUUUCUAUGCAGCAGUUGGCCAUUGUCAGCUCUGACACUGUUUUCUUGCAGUUUGUUAGAGAACUCUUUGAAAAUAUACCCUUUACAGUUUGACAUUUCUUGAAGACAUCAGUCAGCUGUCUAAACUCUCAUAUGACUUUUUGCCUCCAGCUUUUUCUGCAGUUGCUUUCCAUUUAUUUUUCUAGAGUUGCGUGCUGAAUUUGGGAGUAAAAUGUGUACUUGUUGGCAAUCCCACUUUUAAAUUAAGUCUGAAAGUCAUAUAAAUAUGUCUUGCUGCGAGGAGAGAAAGGAAAGGAACUGCCAUAUUCUCCUCUACACUAGUGUCUUGCUUGAGCUGAUUGUGUGACUAGGCAUAGAGAGUUUUUUUUCCAAGUUUAACCUGAAACUUAAUCAUACAACUCAGUGAGAACUAGAUCAAACAUAGUCUGAAAUUACAACUCAAGAUUCUUAAGUACAAAAGAAACUAAAGCAUGUUGGCAUGAUGCUUGUCAGUCCAGAACUAGCCAUCAACUAUUAUAAUUAACUAUAUGGUUGUAAUCAGUAGCCCUCUGCAGGGGCUUCAGAAGUUUAGUAGUAUCCCCUUCAUUUUCAAAUAACUCUUACAGAUAAUUUGCAUGCAUUUUAUUCUCUAAUACCUUUCAGCCAUAUUUAUGAAAAACAUCAGAGGCCAUGUUGAGUACAUAGUCUCGACUGAAAGCUAUCUAUUUUUAUAAUACUUGCACAACAGCUUAGCUAUUGCAGCAGAAAGGGCUUUUUAGACUUGAUAAGGAAACCAUAAGUGAAGACUACAAAUGAGAUUAAGAUUCAGGUAAUUAAUAUAAUUCAGCACUUUAUUGUUGAUUCAUAAUGAAACUUAUUAUGGCAUAUUAGACCUGCAAAUGUCUUAAAAUAAAAUGGUUCUCAAGAAAAAAAAAAUCCCACCUCAUUUUUCUUCAAUGGCAUACAGUGUAUUUGACAUUUCUACAAUCUAACAUAUUGAGUGUUUUCCAGUACUACUAUACCUAGUGCUUUUUCAAUUCAGAAAAACAACAACAACACAUAUGAUAGGUUACUGUGACUCUGUAGCAGUUGACAAUGCAGGAAAAAUAUCAGAACCAAAUCAGUGCUUCAAGGCUGGCAUGAAUCUGGAAUUCCUUUUUUAAUUACAACAUUACUACCCUCAGUUGAUUGAUCACAUUUGGUUGGCACAUCCUCACAGUACAUAUAAACUAGUACUCACACUGACUUUUAAAAACCAUCACUUUAUUGGUCUAUUCAUAAAUAAUGCUAAAUCAUGGGUUAGUAUUUUGAGAACAAACUGCAAUGUGUCUUUUUGCUUUCUCUUUUUCUUCUCCUUUGUGUUUGUGAGAAGAAGACUGAAAACCUCCAAUUUCAUUUUGGAAUAAAUCACAAUAUCAGGAAACUGGUUUAUUCUAACUAGUUAGUUCAAAUGAACCAGGAUUAAACAAUAGCUUUACAUUCUCAUUUGUUAAAACAAACCAGUUAGCCACUUCCCAAACAAACCAGUUAGAUUUAGCCAUUUCCCAAUUCAGGAUGCUGCUUUUUCCUUUUUUUCACAUGCAAAGGAGGAGGAGAAUGGAGAGAAAGGGAUGCAAGUCCAAAGUUCACUGUGGUUCAUUCUUGCAAUGCUAAAUUGUGUUUUAGUGUUGCUUUUGAAGUGGGUCGUUGCCUAGUCUAGAGUGUAUAUGACAAAAAUUAAUUUGUUCCAUCACACCAAGAAAGGAAUGAGAAACUUGCAUUGCUAUGUGUUUAAUUUUCAGAACAGGCAAGAAAUGCAAGUUAUUUUUUGUUCAUGGGGACAUCUGGGUCACUAUCAAAAGCAAAUCAUAGGGGGAAAUUGGGUUCACAAGUAUAAAGCAGAACAUUUAAUUUAACUAAUUACUUUUACCCUGGUUGAAACACAUUCCUAUUUCUGGAUUCACAGCCUGAGCAGUUUGGAGACAGGGGAGUCAGAUUUUUCAUAAUCUUCAUUGCUUGCCUGCAAGUAGACAAUACUAAUUCAUAUACUAGAAGGGCAAAACCUAACCUACUUUAGCCUAGAAAUAGGACAUGUGAUGAACAGGGAGACUGUAGAACACCGUGUCCUCAAAAAUGUUUUAUUUUCCUUCGUAACUUUACUCAGGCAGUACUAAGCGUUUGGAAAUGGGGAUUUCUCUUGACUUAUUGGAUAUACUUUGAAAAAUAGAUCCUGCUGAUAAGUUAAAGAAUUCUUAUUCUGUAAAACUUUAAAGAAACUGUUAGUUUCUUAUAUUUGCCUUCUUACUGAACAUGGCACCUCCAUACUGAACAACCAUACUUCAUUUUAAAAAACAAUACAAUUUUUUUACACUCUUGAUACUUCAUUUAAAAAAACAAUACAAUUAAUUUAUACCCUACACCUACAGUCCAAGACUCAUGAAGACAAAGUCUGGUUUUCAUGUUAAUUUUCUAAGUCUUUAAACUAUUGAAAUUAAUUUGCUAAAUGUUCAAACUAAUGCAGCUUUAGAUGCAUAGUAAAUUAGAAACUAACAGAUAGCCAUCUCUUUGUGUAUACUAAAAAGUGGCUUCCUACAGUAAUUACCCACCACUUGGAAUACUGAUGAUAGCUGUUCCUGUAGUCCUGGAAAUUAUUACUUACUAUGAGGCUUAUAAGCCAUUCAUGAAGAUGUGUUUUAGCAUGGGUUGCAGGAAUAUCUACUUGCCAGCAUUAGGGAAAUGAACCCCUUUAAGAUAUUCUGACUGAUCAUUUCUCUUCGACAUAGUUUCACCUAAAAACAUCUAGUUCUUCUUACUGAAUUGCUGUCAUGCCUUAUUUGAGAACCUCACAUAACUAUCAGAUAAACCAUCUCUUUAUUUGGAAAGAGGCAGAAAUGUGUACCAUCAGUAUGGCUCAUCCUGAUUCUUGACCAAGUUUAUCCCAUUUAUUGCUUUUAUGUAUUUCCCUUUUUAUUUAUGAAUGCUUAUAAUUUUUGGCACUAGCACAACAGUUCCUUUGUUAGCAUGAACUUGGUUGCCAGAGAGGGCUCCAAAUAGUGUUUUCCUCUAAUGUUGUACUGAGCAAUUAAGAAAGGGAAGAGCAGCCAUACUUCGUACUAGCUAAAUAUCCCAUCCAGUGAUAAUGUGCAUUCAGUUAGUAUUGUUUGAGAGCAGAGAACCAGGGAGUAAGACUGGUACAUUUUGGAGAUAAAGUUUUUGAAGUAGUAGCCAGAUUCUAUAUGCCAAAGCCACUGAUUGCUCUGCUCUGCUAAUCUGUAUGGAAUCUGAUGAUGAGGCAAUAUUUUAAAGAUAAAAGCAAUAAAUUUACAUUUUCAUUAAAAAAAAACCAAGUUUGUAGCCCUCAUAAUUACAGAAAAAAAAGGGGGGGAAGCAAGAGAUCAGUCCACUUAGAAGAAAUACAUUGAAAACCCUUUAGUUGCUGGAGGAUUUUUGGACUCCUUUGGGUACUGAUUCCUGUAUUUUGGUGGUUUUGUGGUACACAACUGAACUUAACCAUGCUAAGCUUCCAAGUAGGCAAGUCUAGGCAGUCCUGAAAGAGGCUAGAGAUGUAAGCUAUUGACUUCACUUGUAAUGACAUAAUCCUGAUUAGUUUUAGCUUAGCAAAACAAGUUUGGCUGUUGACUCUUCCUUUCUUUAUUGCCCAUGCAGUUAUUAGUGUCAACUAAAAGCUUUAAACCAUUGUUUUCCUUGAGUUUUUCAGCAGCAUACUCUGUUUCUCCUAUGCAAUCCUGUCAUUUGAUCUGUCCCUCUUUUUUCCUUGUAUGUUUACUAUCAUUCUCCCAGUCUCUUAUGUGGUACACCUCAGUUUUCUCACCCUUCCUCAUUAGGCAAAAUUGAGAUGGGGCACCUGAACCCAUUACGAAGCAGGAGAACUUUCCUGAAAAGUAGAAGAUUGCUGCUUCAUAGUAUAACGUAUUUAUUUAUUUUUUUCUUCCCUCAGUCUUACCAAGUUGUGCCUAUGAUAAGCCUGUCAAAAAUAGAGGAAUGCACCUGCUAAGAAAAUACUUUAUUAUGCCUUUUUUCCUUCCUACUGGAUGUGACUUUAAUACAUUAAAAAAAAUAACAAGAUGAAAGAUCUUGUUUCCUCAGUUCCUUAUCAAUUAAUCACUGCUAACCUUGCACAAGUCUUUCAGUGUGUUGUUGUGGAGUUAACAUAUCAGACUUUAAUAAGUUGAUGUAUGUAAAUGAGCUCAGGGCUAUGUGUAAGUGCACUGAAAUUGAAAUUUUGCACUAAAAAAAGACUGUGAAUAAAUAUAAUAAUUCUGCUUCUGCAAACAA